UCGAUAAAUAUUUAAGAUAUGAAAAAACACAUAAAUACAAAUUUAUGCAAGUCCAACAUUUUUCCCUCUAAAGCCCUAGCUUCUUUUUUGAUUCUCUGUUGCUAUCUCCUCUCUGGCCUACUCCGAUAAGGAGAAUCCGAGCAAUAGAUCACUCUGAGAGUUUUACAUAUAUAUAUAUAUAAAGGACAGGAAGGAAUUAGCUGGGAGUUUAAUGGCCGGUGGUUCAGAUGUGGCUGAAGCAGCUGUGCUAUCCUGUGUUCGCUGUGGCAAGCCUGCCCAUCUUCAGUGCUCCAAAUGCAUGGAAUUAAAGCUUCCCCGUGAAGGUGCUGCUUUCUGCACUCAGGAUUGCUUUAAGGCUUCUUGGAGCUCCCAUAAGUCAGUGCAUCUUAAAGCAAAGCUUUCCUCACAAGGGGCAGGUACUCUGGGUGAACAAAAUUCAAACUUAGCAAAUGAAGGUUGGCUAUAUUGCUUAAAGAAAGGACAAGCUCGAACUCCAAAACUUCCCCAUUUUGAUUGGACAGGAGCAUUGAGGCCAUAUCCUAUAUCUAGUAGGCGUGCAGUGCCUGCUAACAUUGAUCAACCUGACUGGGCUAUAGAUGGACUCCCCAAAAUUGAGCCCAAUAGCAAUUUGCAGCAUGUUGUUGAGAUCAAAACUUCAGAUCAAAUUGAGAGAAUGCGAGAAACUUGUCGUAUUGCAAGGGAGGUUUUGGAUGCAGCUGCUCGGGUAAUAAGACCUGGUAUCACAACUGAUGAAAUUGAUAAAGUAGUCCAUGAUGCAACUAUUGCUGCUGGAGGGUAUCCAUCUCCUCUCAACUAUCAUUUUUUCCCAAAGUCAUGCUGCACGUCAGUUAAUGAAGUAAUUUGCCAUGGAAUUCCAGAUGCCAGGAAAUUAGAGGAUGGUGAUAUUGUAAACGUUGAUGUGACUGUAUACUACAAAGGUGUACAUGGUGAUCUUAAUGAAACCUACUUUGUGGGAAAUGUUGAUGAAGAGUCGAAACGGCUAGUUCAAUGUACUUAUGAAUGCUUGGAAAAAGCCAUAUCUACUGUGAAACCUGGAGUUAGAUUUCGUGAAAUUGGUGAAGUAAUCAAUCGCCAUGCUUCAAUGUCAGGGUUCUCUGUGGUGAAAUCAUAUUGCGGUCAUGGCAUUGGCGAACUCUUUCAUUGUGCACCAAAUAUUCCACAUUAUGGAAGGAAUAAAGCAGUUGGUGUGAUGAAAGCUGGACAGACCUUCACAAUUGAACCAAUGAUCAAUGCAGGGGUUUGGCGUGAUCGAAUGUGGCCUGAUGGAUGGACUGCUGUUACAGCUGACGGCAAACGCAGUGCUCAGUUUGAGCACACACUUUUGGUGACGGAGAGUGGAGUUGAAGUUCUAACAGGAAGGUUGGCUUCAUCUCCGAAUGUGUUCCCUUGGCUAAAGGCCUAGUUGCUGCCUUCUGGCUUGUGCAUGAAGAUGUAGGGAAUGAAGAAGCCAUUCAUAGUUAAAACGUUGAUUACUGAUGCAAAAUUUGUUCCUCUUUUUGUUGGAUGGGAUUGGAAAUGUUAUUGUAAUUUAACAUAAUAAUUUCUUUUUACAUUAAUUUUUUGCGGGUUGCAAUUCUUUUGUC